AUUGGGAGACACCAGCACGGGACGCGGGGCGGUGGCGGAGGGAGGGAGGAGAGAAGGAGGGAGGACACGGGUCGCCUCCCGCCCUCGGCUCGGCCUAUUCUCCGCCCUCUGCCGUACCUCCUCCUCUCCCCACCGCGUCGGCGAGGCUGCGAGAGCGGCGUCCGCCCAGCACCCGGGACGCCAGGACAACCGGAGGAGGUGCUGCCUGCGGGAAGGGAGCUGGAUGAAGACUUGUGCCUCCGGGCGGGUUCGUCAGCCCCUUGGGCAUGAAGGGGACCGCGGGGAUUCUGCCCUGCAGCCGAGCGGGGACAUCAGUGAAAAUGGCCAGGUGAAGCAAAGGAGGCAUAUCAAAUGUCAUUAAGGAAGACAGCUGCCUUCAGAUGAUACAGAACUCACUGACAGUUGCUCUUGCUUCAGUCCUGCUUCAUGAGAUCUUCAGAAGAUACUAACUGAGCAGAUGGUACGUGAACAAUACACUACAACUACACCAGGCACUAGCCUAGAGAGGCCGAAGAAUGGAUAUGUCUACAAAAUUGGAAUUUAUGGCUGGAGGAAGCGUUGCCUCUACCUGUUUGUUCUCCUCCUGCUUAUCAUCCUCGUUGUGAACUUCUCUUUGACGAUCUGGAUUCUUAAAGUGAUGUGGUUCUCCCCAACUGGAAUGGGACACCUGCGUGUUACGAAAGAAGGCCUUCGUCUGGAAGGGGAAUCGGAAUUCUUAUUCCCUCUUUAUGCCAAAGAAAUCCAUUCUCGAGUGGACUCAUCACUGCUUCUCCAGUCUACUCACAAUGUGACUGUGAACGCUCGCAAUUCAAAUGGAGAAGUCACAGGCAGAUUAAAUGUGGGUCCUAAAAUGGUAGAAUUCCAUGGCCAGCAGUUUCAGAUCAAUUCAAAGGAUGGCAAACCACUAUUUACAGUCGAUGAAAAUGAGGUUGUGAUUGGCACAGAUAAACUUCGAGUCACAGGGCCUGAAGGAGCACUUUUUGAACACUCUGUAGAAACACCACUUGUGAAAGCAGAAGCUUUUAAACAGCUUAGGUUGGAAUCACCAACUCGAUCUUUGAGCAUGGAUGCACCACGAGGAAUUAAUAUCAAAGCACAGGCUGGCAAUAUUGAAGCUCUAUCCCAGAUGGAUAUCAAACUACACAGCAGUGAUGGUGUGCUUUUGCUUGAUGCUGAAACUGUGCGACUGCCCAAAUUGCCUGAGGGUACCAGGGGUGGAUCCAGUAUUUCUCAGGGGCUCUAUGAAAUCUGCGUGUGUCCAGAUGGAAAGCUCUACUUGUCAGUGGCUGGCAUGGGCUCCACUUGCCAAGAAUACAGCCGUGUCUGCCAGUGAGGCACCAGACAAGGCCACGCACUCCCUUGCUCGUCUGAGUUUUGUGUUGUUGCUAAAGAGCAUUACCUAAAGCAAGAUUUUCAGAAUUUCCAAGACUUUGGUUUGGAAAACAAAUCUGUAGCUACAAUUCUGGACUACAGGGUGAAAGGGGAAGAAGAGCACAAUCAACAUUUCAACUUCAGAGUUGACUUGAAUCAAAUUACAUGUUCUGUCAGUAACAUUUUGAAAACAGCCUUACAGAAAGCAUAAAAAAUAAUAAAAGGGAUCUGUUUCCUUGCUGAACUGUUACUCAGUCAAAUGAUUAUGUCAUUUUUUAAUAUUUUUGAGCUCUGUGGGUUUUUUCUCUUACACCAUGUAAGCACUGCAUUAGUGGGUGAAAUUAAAUGGAGGGAACUACUUGAACUCUUUGCUAAGACAAAGCAUUAUUUAAGGAAUUCAGAAAGUGCCAGCAAAUGGUCUAUGCAAUUUUGUUCUUGCAAUAACACAAGAUAUGAAAUAUGUGAUAUUUGUAUAAGUUCUGUGUAAAGGGGUUAAUUUGCUAAUAGCUUUCUGAUUUAAUUUGGCAGUGUAUAUGCUGAUUUGCUUAUUAUUGAGAUUCAUAUCAAUAUAACACAAGAAGCUCCAGGGGUCAUAUACACCUCCUAUCUGUUCACUGUACAAGAUAAAUAUGUUAGUAUAUUUUAUAAUAGCAAUAGUUUGUUGUACUGCCUGCACCUUCAUGCUCAUUUAAACCCUUUUCUGUUUUAGGACAUGCUAAUUCAACAAGGCAAUUUGCUAUGCCAGCCAUACUAGUAGCACAAACAAAAAAAUUAUGUGGCUCCAGACUGUCUGACACAAGGAACUGUUUGGGCAUUAGGGGAAAAAGAUCCUUUUUUUGCAUCCCAUCUGAUUCAAUUGAGAUGGCUAUUUCAUUUCCAUCUGCAGCUGUUGACUGGUAUUUCUGAUCCUGUCAGAGUGGGACUUCAUCACAAGCAGAGACAGCAGAACUAUUCUUUAUUGUUUUUUUUUGCAUUAUGACUUUGGAUACAAAAUAAAUGCUCACCAGAGUUGACAAACCAUUUGUUGAUCUUGUAGAGUGUCUUCGUUUAAGGAGCUGUACAGGCUUUCUUUAACUUUUCCCAAAGUAGUUAAAGAAAAACACUCCGCAUGAGGUUGGAUAGAAACACAGAAUAUUAUUGGAAGUGUAAAUGCAGAGUGCCAUUCAUACACCACAUGCUAUGGUGCAAAGCAUAUGAAAUACAAAGAAACCCAUAGGCCACAGUUCUCCAAAACCUCCUUAGGCCAAAGCUUCCACAAACCUCUCUCCAAAAUCAGGCUAAAAUCCCAGGCCCAGAUGCCUCCCUGCUACUGCCCACACACACACACACCCCAGACCCGAAAUGAUGCAGCUAAAAAUUAUCUUGGCCAAGGCCAAAACCAGGCUGCAAACCUCCCCUGCAUAGCAAAGAUGAGGUCCGCACCAUGAAGGGAGAGAGUGAGGGAGAAGAGGAAGAGGCAGUUUGUGCUGUCCCCUUAUAGAAGCUAAAUACAGGCAUUCUGGGAAUGAAAUAACAAAAAUUACACCUUCUGGUCCACCUCCUGAACCUUUUUAGCCUCCUGGAGGUCCGUAACUUUAUGGUUUUUAAAGGCAUCCAUGUCAACCCAUGACACAGAGAAACACAACUGCAGGCACAUUUCCCUGCACAGUGUUGCAGUGAAUACAAAUAAAUAGUUUGCACACCUCUGGGUAGCAGGAUUUGUAUUUGACAGUCUGAUGUUUAAAUCUCUUGAGUUUUUUUAUUCUUUUAAUGCUCUUUUGUAUAUAGUUGAUGAUAUUACCCUGGUAGGGGCUGCUAUCACAUAGUGCCUUGAUGUCAGCCACUAUUUAGUUUCAAAGGCAUUUGAAUUGUCAUCAUACCUAUGUUUCUGACAUCAAGGAAUCUAUGCCCAUUUCCAUGUGUUACCAAACCACUCCAUUUGAUCUAAUCUUACCUAAUCUAAUUUUAUCUAAUCUAAUCCUUCGAUGUUAGCUAGACACUGUAAUUGCAAUCUGCUGGCAAUGGAAGCAUAGCAUUUUAAUGUAUGCAUUUUAAAGAUUUUGGUUUGCAGGUACAUUUUCAAAUGUGAUUUGCUACUUAAUGCAGAGCAAGGGGUUGAAAACAGACUUUCCAUGUGUUGCAAAAGUAAUCAAACCCUUAAACUAUUGGGUAUUUAGAAGCCAUCAAAGUUGCCCUGGCUUAGUUUCAUUUUCACAAAGCCAUAGUAUACAUCUAGGAAAAUCAGGGUGCUGUACCCUGGCUAGGAACAGUACUAAGCAUUAUGGAACCCUGGUUACACACUGCAAUAACUGCUCCUUUUCUUGUGAAGAUACACCUUUUGGACUUGCCUCAGUUCACAGGUGGAUUCAUAGUACAGAAAACUGAACAGGUCUGCUGUGUCCUCAGUUCUGCCAUCAUCCAAACGACCAACUUCUCCCUCUUUAAUUUAAUUUCAUUCUUCUUUUCAUCACCCUACAAAACUGACAAUGAAAAUAUAGUUGCAUUAUAUAAGUUGUGUAGGUUUUCUAAAGCAUGGAUGCUGACUUCUUGUCACUGAAGAACAUCUUAGGAUUUUUUAAUUCUUGGUGUGGUUAGUGGAAAAGUAAAGUUUGUUCUAAAAUUACCACAUCUGCAUUUACCACAUCUGAUGCUAUAAUCUCAGAUGUCAAUCUCAAUACAGUCCAUCUAUCACUAAAUUACAAUUUUUUACAUCUCCAUAUGGAUGUCUUUCCAUCCAUCGUUAAUACUUCAAACUUAUUAUUUCUACUUGGAUCAAACUACAGAUUAACAGAAAAUUAUGGCACAGGAAAGUGAGAGUAUGCAAUUCUCUGGUUUAUUUUCAGAAGUGCUGUCCAAAUGGAGAAGAGAAAAACCCACCACUGCCUGGCAUAGUGAACUGUAUUCUUUUUGCAUAUUCUUUUUUGUUUUUCCACAAAAAUAAUUAUUCAAAGCAGUUCUUCUAACUGCUUAGGAUUGCUACACAGUGGGAAAUGAAAUUAACAAAACAGUCCAAUAAUUUUAUUAGUGAUUGCCCAAACACAAUCCUCUUUGUUUCCAUUUCUCACUCUGUUAGUACUGACAUUUGUCUAUACAUAGGUUUAUGCAAAAAGACAUGGAAAGAAUUAACUGAAAACUGAGUUCUUGAAUAAACUUUAUACAUUUUGAAAA